GGCAAGCAGUGAGAAGCAGUGCGGAUGAUUUUUGGAUGGUCUGGAUGUGGAGUUUAGUCGCAUUGGAUAUUUCUCUAGCACUCUUCACCAUGUUUGGCAUACCUCUGCAGCAACAGAUUUUGUUUCGAACGGCGUUACUACCGGCUGACGAAAAAGGAGAGACGAUGAAUGCUCCUGGUGACGAAAAUAAGGAAGAGACGAGCAGUGUGAUGAACGAUUACCGCAGCAACCACAGCACAACGAGAAAAAGCAAGAUGCGUCGGCUUCGUCUUGCUUACGCGCCUGAUGGAGCUGAGGGACUUGUUGCACGCGGUAUUCAGUCUGGUACGGCUACGGGUGACGGUCAAGGAAGCGAUAGAGAAGGAGCUACCGAUACUUCUGAUUCACAAAGAGAUGAACAAAUGGCUACUUACCUGACACCACGAAACUGGGGCUCUGUUUUCUCAUCCUCUUCCGAUGCUGACAGAAGGAUGAGUAUAAGCAUGAUGAAGGCUAGGCAAAAUACAGAUAAGGACCAGAAGCAGGGCAAAACAAGAACAUCAAGAAGAACGUGCUGCGGGUCUCGUUGUUGUUCUCGCAUUGGUUUCGCGGAGUUUGCUUUUUGUUUUCGGAUUUGGUUUUUUGACAGCCUGACGGUCUUACUUUUGGCACUGACGUCCUUUGGAAUGCAUGAUAUAAGGGUGUGGCAAUCGCCUAGCGCGUCGACCAUGCCCUUCUUUCAGGACCUGCACUAUCGCGCGUGCACGCACUACGCUUCGUGGGAUUACGUCACAGCAAUUUACUCUGACAAGCCUGCGAAGGCGCAGGAAAAAUUCCAGAACCAAAUCGCACAUGUAGGAUCCUUAGAUGCCUACGUAAAGAAAGAGUGCGAGCACCUACGAACAGAAAAUCUUCUAGCUAGCCCCGGAGCGACUGGCGCGGCUUCGCAACCUCCGCCAACUACAAGUCCUACACCUACAAGCGGAACGCAACAACAACUGCAACAGUCCUUCCUACAGAAUCACCAUGAAGAUGGGCUAUCCUUGGAUCAUUCUAUUGAUGAAAGUGUAGUGGCUACUACCAAUGCUGAUGGCGCGAUUCUAUUCGAACACGCGCAAGAAAAUGAAUACGAGGAAACUAUGUCUCUGCCUCUGGUGCCUCUGCCUCAGAGACAGAAUCUUCAACACAUAUUAAUGUCGGGGACAUCAAAUGCGUUUGUCGAACUCUCUUCAAAUUCAGCUGCUACAGGUGGACCAGCAGCUUCUCCUACUUCUUCAUCUCAACAGCCUGUUGCAGAGCACCGCGAGCUGGGUCCACUUUUCGCUAGACCCUUCUUACUCGAAAACGCCAAGACAUCUCUGCCACUUUCGAUGAGAAUGCGGCUCUUCAUGCUGGGCACAUCUCGUGACUUCAUGAUGUACUUCGUGUCUUUUUUGUUGAAUGUUGUGGCCCUGUUUCAGCUCUGGUCGCUAGGUAUACGCUUGGGGAAAGUGGAGAUGGUCGAAAGUUAUCGAAAUCGUGACUCGGUUGCAACGUCCUCAGCAUCGGACGCAGAUUCGGCUCCAGUGGAAAGAUUACCUUCGGUGAUCAAUAGAGGGGCUAGCGCUCGUAGUGAAGUUGCAUCCCUUGAAGACGGAACAGCACCGCCAGCUGGUAAUAAUGGCGGGCCUCGUCCUCGCCAGCUUGCCGAAGGAGAGGCCACUACGAAGUCUACAACUUCUGUCCGGCCAUUAUAUACGACCUUGGACGAGCCGCACUCUCCACGAGGGAGGGCCGGGACUGG